UCCGGUUACUGCUACAAUGAAUAGUAACAAAUAGUGUAGCAACAUUCGCGCCACCGCCUGUAAAAUUGGGUGGCCACCGAAGGCAUUUCCAUCAUUUCCCGUACAAGUGUAUAAAAGGUAGCCACUCCUGUGGAGAGAACGUCGCCUCCUCCAGCGCACGCGCUUCUCAGCUCGGCUCUGCCUCUCUCGAUCUCCUCUCCAAACCCUAACCCUAACCACCAGCCUCCACUCCCUGCCGCGCCGCUGCCUCCGCUCCCUGCCGCAUCGCCGCCUCUGCUCGCCCUUGAGUCGUCGCUUCCGCUCGCCCUCGCGCCGUCGCAUCGCCUCCUCCUCCUCGCCAUCUCGGUGCUCAUCGGGAGGAGCACGGCUCGCCGCCGCAGCUACUCCGCGUCGCUGCUCCCCCGUUGAGCUCGCGCGUCCCCAUCGCCUGGAGAAGCGGAGGCUGCAGCUCCUGCAUCUGCUCGGCCCUCUUUCCCUCGUCAGUGAGCGGCUCAUGGCAGCUUUGGAUCCAUUGUGCAGCACAUGUUGUCUGUUCUGCAAGAUCGACGCUGGCCUUCUACGUCAUGCGGUGGCCAUGGCCAGUGCUCUGCCGCCUCCAACUUUGGCCUCCGUCUCCACUUCAUUAGGUUGACCCCCCCCCCCCUCUCUCUGACCUCUGUUUUUUCCAUGUAUUGGCUUGCAGGUCGCCGCCUGGUGGGUACUGGCUCGAAGGUGACGAGGUACACCAGCAGUUGGAUCAAGACUAUAUGAGGUGAUGACAAACUGUGUAAUCUUCAGAUCCACUUGACCAUAGCAAGUAUCUGCAAGGGAAACCAUGGUUGAUGAUUCCUUGCCUUUCCGGUGCUUGGGCGCACCUAGCAGCUGCUUCACGCCUCCUGAGAAUGCCGGUAUCUCUUACUUAGGUUGGUGUUGUACGGCUUGGUUGAGCUCAAAAUUCAACGGAGACGGCAAUUGUCAGUUUUGGGCGUUUGUUCAAUUUUACCGAACUCCUGAACACCGUAUAUUUGUACGGCAACAGCUGGUGAAGCAGCUUGGAUCUCAUUGGCUCAUCAUGAGGUAUAUACUGGAUAUGUCCCUAUGGAUUACAGAGAAUAUCUUAAGAAGAUGCCAAAAGAUGGACAGUGAGGUGAUCAUGUUACAAUGCAGGCUGCCACGGACUUGAUUGGUGAACUCAAGAGGCUGUUGGAGGGAGGUCAAGUAUGUUGGGUUAUAGAGGCGAGCCCCACACCAUCAGGCAUUCUUACAUUGUGCACCUGAUCUCUACCAUGUAGAUGGAAUGGUCUAUGUGGGCUUGCCCGAGAUUGCCCCUCUCUGCAGGUGAAUUGGGCACUUUACAAACUCGACUUCUGUGCUUCCAUAAUCAAUAGUCCCGAUUGAAUGAGUUGUAUUGGUUAUGUAAACUCGCUUCAUGCGUGACUUACUGUGCACAUAUAAGCUAUGCUAUAUUGUUCAUACACUUCCUAUUCCUGUGACUCAUCAUCUGGAUGGUAGAGUAAUAAUUAGUUGUGACGUUUGUUGGUAUAAUGUAUUGAACCUCCUUUUGGUAUAUCAUGUUGCAUUUCCUAUAAAAA